UUGUACACACGAUGGAGUGGUCGUCGAUGCGGUGGUGGUGCCUCGCCGUGGUGCUCCUCCUGUCCACGCCGCUGCUCGCCGCGGGUUACCUGCAGGAGAGGAAGAACUACAUCGUGCACCUCGAGCCGAGGGACGAGGCCGCCGCCGCCGCUGGCGACGCCUCCGUCGAGGAGUGGCACCGCUCGUUCCUGCCGCAGGUGGCCAAGCUCGAUUCCGACUCCGACGGCGCCGACGGAGGCCCGCGCAUUGUGUACUCCUACAGCGACGUGUUCACCGGGUUCGCCGCGCGGCUCACGGACGAGGAGGCCGAGGCGGUGAGGGCCACGGCGGGGUGCCUCAGGCUGUACCCCGAGGAGUUCCUGCCGCUGGCGACGACGCGCUCGCCGGGGUUCCUUGGGCUCCACCUCGGGAACGAGGCGUUCUGGAGCCACUCGGGGUUUGGCCGCGGCGUCGUGAUUGGGAUCUUGGACACCGGGAUCCUGCCCAGCCACCCGUCGUUCGGCGACGACGGCCUCCAGCCGCCGCCCAAGAACUGGAAGGGCACGUGUGAGUUCAAGGCGAUCGCCGGCGGCGGAUGCAACAACAAGAUCAUCGGCGCCCGCGCGUUCGGGAGCGCCGCGGUGAACUCGUCGGCGCCGCCGGUGGACGACGCGGGGCACGGCACGCACACGGCCAGCACGGCCGCGGGCAACUUCGUGGAGAACGCCAAUGUCCGGGGCAACGCCGACGGCACGGCCUCCGGGAUGGCGCCGCACGCGCACCUCGCGAUAUACAAGGUGUGCACCCGCAGCCGCUGCUCCAUCAUGGACAUCAUCGCCGGGCUGGACGCCGCCGUGAAGGACGGCGUCGACGUGCUGUCAUUCUCCAUCGGCGCGUCCUCCGGCACGCAGUUCAACUACGACCCCAUCGCCAUCGCCGGGUUCAAGGCCAUGGAGCGUGGCAUCGUCGUCAGCUGCGCCGCGGGCAACUCCGGCCCGGACCCCGGCACGGUCGGCAACGGCGCGCCGUGGAUGCUCACCGUCGCGGCCGGCACCAUGGACCGCGCGAUACGCACCACCGUGAGGCUCGGUAACGGCGACGAAUUCGACGGCGAGUCACUGUUCCAGCCGGGGAACAACUCCGCCGCGAACCCGCUCCCGCUCGUGUACCCCGGCGCAGACGGCUCCGACACAAGCCGCGACUGCAGCGUGCUCCGCGACGCCGAGGUGACCGGCAAGGUGGUGCUCUGCGAGAGCAGAGGCCUGAACGGCCGCAUCGAGGCCGGCCAGACCGUGGCGGCGUACGGCGGCGCCGGCAUCAUCGUGAUGAACAGAGCAGCCGAGGGGUACACCACCUUCGCCGACGCGCACGUGCUCCCGGCGUCGCACGUCAGCUUCGACGCCGGGACCAAAAUCGCGGCGUACGUGAACUCCACGGACAACCCGACGGCGAGCAUCGCGUUCAAGGGGACGGUGAUUGGCUCGUCCCCGUCGCCGGCCGUCACCUUCUUCUCGUCGCGUGGGCCAAGCAAGGCCAGCCCGGGCAUCCUGAAGCCGGACAUCACCGGGCCCGGCAUGAACAUCCUCGCCGCGUGGGCGCCGAGCGAGUCGCACACGGAGUUCUCCGACGGCGUCGGCCUCUCCUUCUUCGUCGAGUCCGGCACGUCCAUGUCGACGCCUCACCUGAGCGGCAUUGCCGCUCUCCUCAAGAGCCUCCACCCGGACUGGUCCCCCGCGGCGAUCAAGUCGGCGAUCAUGACGACGUCGGACGCCGUGGACCGCACCGGCGUCCCCAUCAAGGACGAGCAAUACCGCCACGCCACCUUCUACGCCAUGGGCGCCGGCUACGUCAACCCGGCGCUCGCGUUCGACCCCGGCCUAGUCUACGACCUCCACGCCGACGACUACAUCCCCUACCUCUGCGGGCUGGGGAUCGGAGACGACGGCGUGAAGGAGAUAGCCCACCGGCCGGUCACCUGCUCCGACGUCAAGACCAUCACCGAGGCAGAGCUCAACUACCCAUCCCUCGUCGUCAACCUGCUCGCGCAGCCGAUCACGGUGAACCGGACGGUGACCAACGUCGGGAAGCCCAGUUCCGUGUACACGGCCGUCGUCGACAUGCCCAAGGACGUGUCCGUGAUCGUGCAGCCGCCGAUGCUUCGGUUCACGGAGCUGAAGGAGAUGCAGAGCUUCACCGUGACGGUGCGGUGGGCCGGCCAGCCGAACGUCGCCGGCGCCGAGGGCAACCUGAAGUGGGUCUCGGACGAACACAUCGUGAGGAGCCCCAUCAUCAUCCCAGCCACGGCCGCGUAGUAAUUUUUUGCAACUUCAGCAUGUACAGUAUGUCAGUAAAUAGCUAAGAUCAAUAAAGAUCCAUCACCUUGGUUUGACCUGUGUUCUGUUGGUCAAGAUGUGAAGAAUGUAGCACUCCUUGACUAGUUGGCCGAUCCUGUCAACUUUGACAGCUACUACUGGAGUACUACUAAUUAAUUUCCAUCUUA